ACUGUUGCAUUGUGGGAUAUGUGAUUGACGCGGCGGCCAUUUUCCCGCUGGACGCUGCUUCCCCAUUGUGGAAACGAAGAAGAAAAUAAGAGACAAGCCAAACAUUACUCUCCACUUCUACACACUUUCCCCCCCAGGUGAUCUUUAGUAGCCAUGGCCCGUACCAAGCAGACCGCCCGUAAGUCCACUGGAGGCAAAGCCCCCCGUAAGCAGCUGGCCACAAAGGCUGCCCGUAAGAGCGCCCCCUCCACCGGUGGAGUCAAGAAGCCCCAUCGUUACAGGCCCGGUACCGUGGCUCUGCGUGAGAUCCGUCGUUACCAGAAGUCCACUGAGCUGCUGAUCCGCAAGCUGCCCUUCCAGCGUCUGGUGAGAGAAAUCGCCCAGGACUUCAAGACCGAUCUGCGUUUCCAGAGUGCUGCCAUCGGAGCUCUGCAGGAGGCCAGCGAGGCCUACCUGGUGGGUCUGUUUGAGGACACCAACCUGUGCGCCAUCCACGCCAAACGUGUCACCAUCAUGCCCAAAGACAUCCAGCUGGCACGUCGUAUCCGCGGGGAGCGCGCCUAAACACUCCUCCUUGUCUUUCUCCUUUUCACCUCUUCCUGCCCUUCCUUCACCAGUCUGCCCCCCUCUCUCUCCCUCUCUCCCUCUCUCUCUCCCUCUCUCCCUCCCUCCCUGUGUUAGUAGUGUGUAGAGGGAAACUGAUUAUAUGAUGGAUAAAGUGUAUAGUCGUGUUUUUCAUAGUGCUCUCGGCAGCAGAACUAUAGGGUACUCUCUUUUUGUGCAUGUACCGACUCUCUGGUGAUGAGGUCUCCUGGAGCACACGUCUCCGUUUGCACUGUCUGUGACGCGAUGUGAUGUGAAGGAUGUUUUGUGGAUAGAAUACGGAAGAAAAAUCGAGAACAUUGCAAAUUCGCUAGGGACAGAGAGGAGGAGGAGAAGAUGGGUCUGUGUCUGCUGGGGGUCUCUUCUCUGCAGCAGGGUGCUACAUGAACGCUCCCCCCUCCUCUCCUCCUGCGCUCCAUCCUCUGCAGGGCGUCAGUCAGGAUGGAUGAUCUGUCCCUGUGUGUGCAUGAGCUCUGAUCACCACAGCAUAUUGUAUACAACGCAUCAGCAUAUUGCUUUCAUUCAUCAUGUUAGGUUUGAUGUUUUCCAUCCACAUGAGUGUCAUGCACAGGAUUUAUUUUGCCACUUAAAACCAGUUGUUGAUGACGUGGAGAUGGAACAGAAUUAAACACCUACAGAGAACAAAAA